UUAAGCAACACAAAUAAGACAACGCCAACAAAUGAUUAAUAAACUUCCAGAUUCAGAUAUUACAAAGUUGAUUUAAAAUAAUGAUUUCGGUGCUAUUUUUCAUAAUUUUAACCGUUAGCAGUUUUGCAUCCGUGUUUACCACUGACAUAACACCAUGUGAGGGUAUCAUAAAACCUCAAUCUGUUCGUAUAGAAAGUUGUACUACCCAGCCAUGUGAAUUAUCUAGAGGCCAAAAGGUGAAAAUGGAAAUUGAUUUCAUUCCAGGCAGAGAUGACAAUGUAUUAACACCGGAAGUUGUUGCAACUGCCACUGGAAUGGAUACAAAUUUUCCACUUCCAGAAAUGGAUGCUUGCGAAGAUUUAAUAAGUGGUCAAUGUCCAUAUAAAUCGAAUGAUAAACUCAGUUAUUCGAUUGAAAUGCCAAUUUUGAAAAUUUACCCAAAGGUUCCACUAAAUAUAAAAUUCACGUUAUAUGAUUCCAAAAAGGCUCCAAUAACUUGUUUCAAUGUCCACUGCUCGGUUGUUUAAAAAUAAUACUUAUUAUAAAAGAAAAAAUGAAAUAAAAAA